AAACAACAUGCAACAACUUCAGUUCAUAUCUUUUAUUAAUCACAAUUCUCACUUGUGUUUAAUUUUCUGUAACAGUCUAACUACAGGACCUGUUCAUUACAGGGAGAAACAUUUCUGAACAGAGUGAGACAUCUUGCUUUUUAAAAAAUCUUUGUCCUCAACUUUGACUCCAUGGUGACGUCAUGUAUUUAAAGGGCCAGUGUCAGACUUAAAACCGAGCUGCUAUAUUUUAAUUCUAUAGAUUAAAACUCAGAUUUACAGCAAAUUGUUGUAUUGUUUUGUUCAAAGCUUUUGAAUAUUACUGUGAACUGUAACACUCACGAAGAGACGAUUUUUACUUUGUUAACACACAUGUUUUGGUCAUAUUGAAAAAGGGGAGGGCAGCUGAAAACAAGAAUUUACUGUAAAUAUACAUAUAUAUGCUGUAUAUCAUCUGUCUGUUUAUCUGUGGACUUUGAAAAGUGCUGCUUAAAUUCAAUGUGUUAUUAUUAAUAUCAUAUCUGUCUGUUGAACAUCACUGCUGCUGAUGAACAGUAACAGAUGAAUCUGGUUCUCGUUGGUCCGGUUCUCCUCCUGGUUCUGGUUCUGGUGCAGAACCUGCAGGACACUGAUGUUUUCAGGAUCCUUCAUCUUGUUUCUUAUGCGACGUCAUAAUAACAGUGAUUGUUCCAGUGAACUGAUCCGCUGGAGCAACAGGACACAUCUUCCUCUUCGUCCUCAGCUACAUCACCGACGCCUCCUCCUCCUCCUCCUCCUCUUCCUCCACCUCUCCCCUCCUCCGUCACCGUCGGUCUCCUGGUGCGUAGCGGGGCCGUGAUCCAUCCCGGGCUGUUCGGAGCUAGUUAAAGACUUGACAGGACGAAGGUUUCUCUCUCUCCAGACAUGCAGAAGGUGGAGGGACGGGGAACCCCGGCCAACCUGCCGUCCUCCAGGGGCCCCAGCACCCCGGCCCCCGGGUCUCCUGCCACGGGCAUCGUGGCUCGGGUGAACGACCAGGUCGUGGGCUACAGGGACCUGGCGGCGCUGCCCAGAGAUAAAUCCAUCCUGCAGGUGGAGCGACCCGACCUGAUGACGUACCAGCCGCAUCUCACCUUCUCCCCACUCGACCCGCCACGCAGAGAGCGAUCGCUCUCUCCUCCCUCCACGUCUCCCACCAGAUGUCCUGAGGUGAAAGAACGCAGAGCAGAGAGUGACAGUGGUUCUCCAGGAGGAUCUUCACUGCAGCUCAACGCAGGACGCAAGAUCAGUGCCAGUCUGCAGCACUUCCACCGACCAGACAUCGGGACCAACAUCUACAGGAAACCUCCGAUCUACAAACAGGAUGCUGGUAAACAUCUGGAGGGCAGCGGCGUCAUUCGCUCCGCAAAGUUUCCAGCGGCUCAGCCACCGGAUCCCAACCAGCCGUCCAAGAUCGAGACCGAGUACUGGCCCUGCCCGCCCUCGCUGGCUGCCAUGGAGAUCGAGUGGAGGAAGAAGAAGCUGCCAGAGGAAGAUGAGUUUGAGGAUCUGACAGAAGAAGCUCAGACGCUUCAGGAGCAGGAGCUGGAGAAGAUCAAGUCGAACAUGGGUCGCCUGAUCCUGAAGGAGGAGAAGGAAAAGGCCGUUCACGUUCGGAGGAAGACUCAGUCGCUGCCGGACAGAACUCACCUGCACACCAGUUUGUCAGCGACUGCGACAAAGUCUCCAUCCCACUCGAGCUCCGGUCUGACCAGAAUGCAGUCGGCAGAGUUUUCCACAGACGCAGACAAAGGCCGCUCAGCUGCUCAGAACGGAGACGCUCGCAGGGAGAGGAUGGACCGAGGAAACUCUCUGCCCAGUAUCCUGGAGCAGAAGGUGUAUCCCUACGAAGCGCUGAUCGUGACCCACAGGGGGCGCUGCAAGCUGCCGCCAGGAGUCGACCGCACGCGACUGGAGAGACACCUGGCACCGGAGGACUUUGAGCGGGUGCUCGGGAUGCCGAUGGCCGAGUUCGACCGCCUCUCGUUGUGGAAGCGCAAUGAACUGAAGAAGAAGGUGUUGCUGUUCUAACAGGAAGUGAAAGAGGAGGAGGAGAACCAGGACGUAACAGCGGACGUCCAGAACUUGUCACGUUUGUCCACGCAAACAGGUCGUCCAUCUCACUAACCAAUCACGUCCCUGGAGGAGCAGCGACCAGACGCAGUGUUUCCUGAUGAACCUCUGACUAACCUACUGACGCACUGACACUCACACACGUUACACACUGUGCUGCACUUAUAAUCACUGCUCGCACAUCACACGUCCACCCAUCACCUUCAUCAUCAUCAUCAUCAUCAUCAUCGUCACCGUCAUCAUCAUCAUCGUCAUCAUCGUCAUGCAGCUGUUUGGUUCCAGGAGUUAAACCGGACGUCUGUCACGUCAGAUUAGCAUGUUAGCAGCCGACUCUGGGUUUAACUCUGGUGUCAUGAAGCUCGUUCACUUUUCAAAACCUGCCUGGUCCAAACACAUCACUGGAAAAUGAGGUCAUCGUUUCGACAGAGUUAAUAACGACCAGUGUCACGUUCUUCCUUGUUCACGCUGUUACUUCCUGUGACAGAGCGACGUACGUCUGCUAACGCCGCCGCGGCUAAACUCGCCUUUGUGGUCACGUGUUCACGUAAACAACCAGAUGCAUCGAGAGCGUAACUGUUAUUCACAGUAUUCCACUAGAGGGCAGCCCAGAACUCCUCAUCCUCUCUGCACCAUCGUGACGAGUGUCUGCCGCUACACUGCCCCCUACUGUUCACGAGCGUAUUGCACGUUGCUAAGGAUGUUGAUGGUGGAACUCGCUCAUUGGUUGGCCGUGCGCUGGUCGCGUGUAGCUAACAAAACAACAAAACUAAUCGAUUUCAUUUCCGCAACAAAACUACUUGAGUAGUUUGUUGGAAAACUAAACAAAUCGGUUCCACAGGUUUCAGGGAAAACAGCAACGGAGAACUACUGCCGACGUCACUGCCCCCACAGGUCACGUGCUGAAUUGCACCUCAGAGUAUUUUAACUAACAUCAAAUCAAUCACAACCAUUAACCAUCUGCAUUAGCCUGGAAGAGGUGGUCCAAACCACGCCCCCUUUUGACCAUAUUUGGAACUUCCUUCUCGUCGGCAGCUGGAUCAGCGGCCUGUACAGACUGUUACGUACGGAAAGCCGACAGGCUCACAAAUCAGACACAGCAGGAUGUGAUGUGAGCAGCUCGGAGGAAUCGACGCGUCACUGGAAUGAAAAGGUAAAAAUGUAUUUUGAAUAAAAUUGAAGUGUUCUGUGUGAACCGCUUCAUGACACCUGGAACUCAAACAGUCGUCCGAUGCGUUUCUCGACUUGGUUGAUUGACAGCUGAUCGAUGUCACAUAUUCAACAUGUAACUUUAUUAUGGAAUAUAUUCAUGAUGUGGAGCUUUAUUUAUUUGAUGAUUGUACAUUUUGCUGCCAGUUGAAAACAUUAUUUUUGCUGUACAGGUGUUUGUUUUUUAUUUUAAUGAGUGCACGCUGAUGACAUCAUCCCUCACGUUUACUCGCCGCCGACAUGUUUCCCACUAAUCUCAUCCAGACAUUUUAAAGGAAUACUAAUCAACACGGUCGCGUCUGCAUCGGAUCGUGUCUCCGGGUAGAAAAACUUCUGCCUCUGACUUUCUGCUGGCGACACAUUUAAACAUCCAGUCGUCUGUGUUUCUGUCGUACGAUGAAAAGAAUCAAAUAAAUCAGAUACAAAUAUCA